GUUGUUUACAGGAAAAGGGAUGAAAUAAGCGGGGCGAGAACGCCUAGACUCACUGCCGGGGUGACUGGAUACAGAUUUCCGCGGGUCAUUUCCUCUUUCCUGCGGGGCAACCUCCACCCCCGACCGCGCAAGACCUCCGGCGAGCCACAACUUGAACCAUCGCAAACCUCGGCUCACAAACGUCGGCCAUCUCGGGCGAUUGACACCGCAGCCAUGGUGUACCGGUGGGAACAGCAUCGGCUAACCUGCUAUCGCUUAUACGUCGAAGAGAACAAGCCGAUUCAGGACGUGGUGGAGUACAUGCGAGUGCACCAUGACUUCACUCCGAGUCGUCGCGCCUUUCAGGGAGCAUUCUCUCGCUGGGGAUUCCCCAACAAGCUGAACCCCGCCUACAAAAAUGAACAGCUCGUCGCGCGAAUCCGAGAGCUAUGGGAGCGGAACUUGUCCCAGAAGGAGAUGGUCUCCAUGCUCGCCGACGAGGGUUACGAAGUUGGCGACCGUGAGGUUGCCCGGAUUCGGUCCAAAAACGGAUGGCUGAUGCGGACCAACGGCGGAUAUCCUCUGUCGGAUGCUGCUGCGCGCCAGCGGACUGGAAGUGCCGAAGACGGCGCCACAGGGACUGACGGGGGAGACUACGCCGGGAAUGCCAAUGGCGACGACGUCAACGCUAGCGUUGAGACGCAGGAGGACCAGAGCAACUACUGGAACUACGGGGCUACCGGACUGGAACCCGCCGACGCGCAGGUGCAGGAGGAGACCCUCAACGCCGUGCGCGAGGCCCGGAGGGAGUACCGGAAGCGCGCCUACGAGGCCGAGAGCCACGAGAGGUGGGCCACUAAGAAGCGGCGUCGACACACCAAGCCUUACGGCGGCCUACCCCCCGACCCUCCUGGGCCGCCCCGCUUCCCGUCGGAGACCACCCUCACCGAGGCCAAAGAGAUCCUGCAGUUGGACAGGAAGACUUACCUCGCGGUGCGGGAGAAGUUCUAUACCAUUUGCGUAGAUGCAGCCGUCUACAAGAAGACGCUCGUCGGGCCCGAGAGGUGGGAGUCGCUCAAGGACCAGCUGAUCCGCGAGACCAUGCACCUCCGUGCUGUCAUGUGGGACGUCACUGACAUAGAGAAGAAGAAGCUGGCAAUCGAGGUCAUUGCCUGCGACGUGACCAAGAGGAUCAGGACCGAGGCCACCUCCGUGAAAUUGGCCGAUGCCAAAGUCAUUCUUGGCUUAAACCCGGAAGAGGGGAGGUUGGUUCGUGGUCAGCUGUACAAUCUUUUAGCCCAGGAGAGGUUCACAUCGAAGCUGGAGGAAGGACUAGAAUUCUUCGACGAGCUCAAGCAGCGAUGGAUUGCCGAGUCACCAGAGCUGACCAGGGCCAUCGCGGUUGGGCCGCUCGAUCCCGAGUACCAACGCAAGGUGAAGGCCGUCAAUGUGCUUUGCAAAGACGCGACGAGGAGGUACCGAGAUGACGUGUUUCGCUUGGGGAAGACUCCGGCCAUUUUGCUGCCGCCCUCGGAGGCGCCGACUCCAAAGGCCAAGGGAAAAAAGGCGGCCUCGAAGCAGCCGACCGAUGCCACAGGUGAGGAGGCAGGCCAGGAAACCGCGCAAACAGCCACACCUGGGUCCGAACCCGCCGCUACGGAAACACCUGCAGGCCCACCUCAACCCCGGCGGCGUGGCCGGCCACCGGGCGGCAAGAAUAAGAAGCCUUUCCCUCAUGUCCAAUCCCGCCUAGUCUUGGCCCAUUCAGACCCCCAGGCGGACCAGCAGAUGGUGGAUGCGCAACUUGGAGCCAACAUGUCCGGCGAGCCACAGAGCCAGAGCCCAUUUGUGGAGGACCAGUACCGGGAAGCAUAUGCCGCCGCCCAGCAGGCGGCCUACCGGACACAACAGGAACAACAGCAACAACAACGGCAGCAGCAGCAGCAGCCGCAACAACAACAACAACCGUCGCCGCCGCCGCCACAGCCGCAGCAGCAUCAGGCGCCACAUAUGCCACAUCAGGAACAACAACAACAGCAGCAGCAGCAGCAGCAGCAGCAACAGGCGCCACAGCAACCAGACCCAUCACCAACCCCAUCCAACGCCAUCGCCGCCUUCUUCCGGCUGAACGGCGCCGCCAUGAUGAUGUUCCCGGGAGUACAAGCGCAGUGGAUCGCCACGCUCAGCGAGCGGACCAUGGCCGAGCUGCGCAGCGCCGCCCUGCAGAAGACGCCCGGCGGCCUCUGCUACAAGAUCGAGGGCGUCGUCAAGGACGGCAAGGGCGGCGAGCUGCCGCUGCCCGUGAGCGACGAGGGCGAGCUCGAGACAUACCUGCAGCAUGUGCGGGGGAAUGGGGCGCCGACGUUUCAUGUUCAUGUCGUGCCGGGGGAUGAUGUGUCGUGGAAGUAG